CCGUUUGGUCCUAUUCGAUUCGUAUACGAGAAACCGAAGGGGAAGGAGAAAGAGAGCGGCACUGCAAAAAAAAAAAAAAAUGUCUGCAACGGGAAACGUCGGCGGCGGAGGACCAGAGGAGGAUAAGAAGCCGGCUGAUCAAGCUAAUCACAUUAAUCUCAAAGUCAAGGGCCAGGAUGGAAACGAAGUGUUUUUCAGGAUUAAGAGAAGCACUCAAAUGAGGAAACUGAUGAACGCAUAUUGCGAUAGGCAAUCGGUGGAUCUGAACUCCAUUGCUUUCUUGUUUGACGGGCGGAGGCUCCGUGGAGAGCAGACUCCCGAUGAGCUGGAGAUGGAGGAUGGAGAUGAAAUCGAUGCGAUGUUGCACCAGACCGGAGGAGCGGAAUAAAGUAGUAGGUAUUAUAUAUAUAUGAUAUUGUUUCUUCUAUAUACGUAAAUGAAAGAUUUAGAGAGCAUUCGGAACAGUGGGUUUCUUUGAUUUAUAGCUACAGUAGUGGUGAAUUUCCUUGCUAUUAAGCAUGGAUAAUUUAAUGAGCUGUCCUUUUGUUUUUUUCUUAACUAUUAAAUGAAAAUGAUUGUAUCCAA